UUACGCGGGACGCGCUACAAAACGUGAAUAGCAUCAUUGGCUUAUUUUGUCAAAUUGCAGUCUCAUCAUCACAUGUGGCUCGGCCUGUUCCCUAUUCAACGGUUGGAUACUAUUACUCACGGCUCGGGCGUGUGAGAUAUUGAUUCGUCGGGCUAAAUCAACGAGCAUGGAUUCCCCGCGCGGCCCUUCCACGUUGGUUGAUGAGGCUAACCACAUCCAUGCUUCGGAUGCAACGUCCUGUCAAACGCACCACUGGCCUUCCUCUUACAGGCCUAGCUCGAUGCCAUUGUCAGGAUUCUGGUCGUUACGGGCAGCCAGUGAAUCUGCGGCUGGCAUCCAACCAACUUGGUCAGAAUUGGAGAGGCUUGCGGGCUUUGGCGAUGCUAGCUGCCCAAUAGCUCCUCUGUUCCUGGCAGCGAGCUUACCGGCCGAGGCUCAGUCGAGAAAAAUCGUGGGUGAUUCGAUCUGGCAUAUGAUUCUAGCAGCCACAUCGGAAGUCCCCCCGUCCCCCAGAUACGUCGACGUUGGCCGCUGUCAUAUGAAGAGCUUAUUCGAGGCCGUUUCUCAAAGAGAAGGUGCUUCGUUUCGCCUCUCGGCAGUAUCCGAGCUUCCAUGUAUGCUGAUCUCUCCGUAAUAAGAACCAGGUACCUUUAAAUAUUCUGUUCAUCGACGAUCGGCCCAUGUUACAUGCAUGAAUAGCAUCUACGGAGAAUCAUCUCUUGGGGGACAUAGAAAGCAAUCCAACCAGGGGUUUAGAGACACUAUGCCAAUGCGGAGUCAUACU